AUGGCGUACCGGGAGCUGCUGCGGCGCUGGCACGAGGCCGUGCGGGAGGCAGACCGCGGGCACUGGGACGCUGCCCUGGACACCUGGAGCGGCAUCGCGGAGCCGCCCGCCAGGAUCUGCUUCAACAUGGGCUGCGUGCAGCUGCUGGCCGGGCGGCCUGAGGCGGCACUGAGGGCAUUUAAUAAAACCAUUGAGAAGGACAAUUCCUUGGCUGUGGGCUACUUCCAGAGAGGAUUUGUGCACCUGCAGCUGGAAAUGUAUGAAGAAGCUCUCUCUGACUAUCACAUGGCCUUCAGUCACCUAAGACAAAAUCCCUUCAUCGAUUACAAGCAGCUGGGGCUGAGGCACAUCCUCUAUGCCUGGGAGGUGCUGUACAGCAUUGCAGCAGUGCAGUGCCACCUGCAGCAGUGGCAGGAGGCCAGAGUCACCCUAGAGCAGGCUGUUGUGUGGAGACCUGAAAGAAGAACAGCAGUCCUGGAGCUGGCCCUCGAGCGGGUGCAGGACCACCUGUUUUUAGAGCCCAUGCUGGUUCCUCUCGGGGAACUUUUCAGACCACGAAAGAAAGAAGUUGAGCAGCUGGAUUCAAAAGAUUUCCUGGGUAAACCCAAGGUGAUCUCAUCCAUCAUUCCCAACGAUGAGUACAUUGGCUUCGAGCCUCUCAGGCCUCAGAAACAGGGCUUUUAUGAACCCAGUGCCGAUGCUCUGCGGGAUGCCGAGUGCGGGUACCAGCGGCUGCUGUCCCGGUACUGCCCCCGGGAGCCGGCGGGGCUGCAGGUGCCGGCAGGGAGCCUGGUGUUCGUGCUGAGCAGGGCAGCAGACGGCUGGGCCACGGCCAUCCACGAUGGGCAGAAGCUGCACAUCCCGAGCUCUCUCCUGGAGCCUGCCUCGAGGAUGGAGAAAUGGAAGAACAGCACUGGGAUUCCCCUUCCUCCUGCCCAGGUGCCUCCCAGCUGCCUUCACGUGAAGCAGAAGCCAGAUGCUCCCAGGGAAGAAAAUGCCUCUGCCAAUGCUGCUGGUGCCCACGUGGACUCCAAGAUGUCCCCGAGGAGCGGGGAGGCCGCUGCGGGCACGGCCAGGCCGGUGGUGCUGCGGCUGCGCUGCGAGUGCUCCGUGGUGCUGCGGGCAGGCGAGGCCCCAGCCCUGCCAGCCCUGCGGGCCCUGCUGCGGGACACGCUGGCACAGCAGGCACAGCAGGGAACGCUCAGCUACAGGCUCCUGGAUGGCACAGAGCUGGGGACAGUGUCAGGACAGGAGGAGCUGGGGAAGGUGUGGCAGCAGCUGACAGAUGGCAGGCUGACACUCUGCUGCCAGGACUCAGACUCCCACUCAGGCAGGCCUGUUCUCUACCAGAUGCUGGCUCAGCACUCUUACCUGGCACAGGGACCAGGGGACCUGGAGUUCAGCAAGGGAGAUGUGCUGGAUAUCCUCUCUGAAGUCAACGAGGACUGGCUGGAAGGACGCUGCAAUGGCAAGACUGGCAUCUUCCCCAAAUGCUUUGCCACCCAGACCAGCUGUGGUGCUGCCUUCCUAUAG